GACUCAGUAUCAGCUCAGUACAGCGACUGACAACAACACUUAAGCUAGUUCUAAAACUAUUUAGUUAUUUAGUUCUAAAACUAAAUUAUAAUUAAAUAUGCAGGCUUUAAGACACUGCAGACUCUGUGUAUCCAGGGGACUUGUGCACAGCCGGACUGAUUUCCUGCCUACACAAAACAACAUGGCUGUGACUCGCCAUGCUGCUGCCUGCUUACAUUUAUUCAGAGCUACAGCAAGUGGGAUCAACAGCAACAGAAAAUCAGUGCAGAAACUUUUUCGCAUGCCAGAAUUGAUGCGGCCGAAUGUUGUGUCCUUUAGCGUAGGAACUGGACUGUGCUCAGUUCCCUUUGUGCAGCAGACGGAAAACCUUUCGCAUGAGUCUCUGAUUCGACGGGCGUCAUGCUUGGUCACAGACAGUGCCAACACUUACCUCUCCCAGACCACUCUAGCUCUUGUGGAUGCCCUCACACUCUAUACAAAAGCAUUGCACACGCUCAUUGCUCUUCAGAAGCGGUAUUUGGCCUCAAUAGGAAAACUCACCCCUUCUGAGGAAGACAGCAUUUGGCAAGUGAUUAUUGGCCAGCGAGUUGAGGUUGGAGACAGACUAAACAAGUGUAAGCGUUUUGAAUCAAACUGGAUCAAUUCUGUCAACAUCUGUGAGCUGUCAGCUCAGGCUGCCUUAAAUUCAGGAGCAGAACAUGCAUCCAGUGCAUUAAAAAACGGUGUACAGACAGCGCAGUCUAAAGUAGAGGAGAUGAAGACACUACAGCUGGCUGCAGAGAGAAGUCUGGCUGAGACGAAAGCAGAAGAGAUCCAGAGAAUGGCAGAGUAUUCCUCCAGCAUCAACUUACAAGACCUGGAGGAUGUUCCUGAGGCCUACCUACGUGAAGACUGAACGGUGAAACAUUGACUUGGAAAAGACUUGACCUGGACAAAAAUUUAAUUGCUUCUGAAAGUGUAAUAAUGUCUGAGAAAACCAUUAAGGUUAAAUUGUUUGGCAAGAGAAUAGUUUAUAAGCUUAAAAGAGGACAUUUUGCUUAUAGCUUUUUCUUAAAGGCCAAUAAUUUGUGGUUUUGGGGAAUUCUUCCACUCAGUUAUAGCUUAAGGAAACAUUUACAUUGCAGUAAGGCACAACAUGAAAUCCUAGAUCUAGUAGUCUUAGACUGAUUAUAGAGAAGCGAUCCGGCAUUAAACUAGAAGUCAGUUGUGAUUAGUUGUUUACUUUCCAACCUUAUACUUUGGAUGUACUUGCUACAUUUAGAUUUAUUCUGCAUUUUUUGGGAGUAAAGUUCUCCUGCUCUAUGCAAAAAUGAUAUAAUUGGCCAGGCAUUCCCUGGCCUUUAUUUGUAAUGUUUUCAAGGUAAAUUAUCAGAUUUGUAUUUAUUUGGCUUAAUACACCAUAGUAUUAAGGCAUGGUGCUGUUUGUAUUCUAAAAAUCUAAAAGGUUCUAUAAGCUAAGAAUCAGAAAAAUAUAAUUAAAUAUGUUUUAUAUUUAAUAUAAUAUUAAUUAUAAACAGCAAUAUACUGCUGAUUUAUAUUCAUGUAAAUAAAACCUGUUUUUCAACUAA